AUAACGUGACCGGAAUUAAUCGCCGUAGUAAACAACUGCAACAGAAACAACCGCUUAGCAAAAGUAGUAGGCCAGAAAUAUUGUGGUACGGAAAAAACAUCGGGCUUGAUAACGUACAUCACUGUCACAAACGCUUUCACGUCACUUACACUUCACUUAAUCUUUUUAUGUCUAUCAUCAUUGUCACGGACAGUUGCGUGUAAAAAUAAACUCCGUGAAGUGAAAGAGUUCAUUCCCGUUUAUUAGAGACAUGUCAAUUGCAUACUUUCGGGCAUUUGAUCGUUAUGUCGGUUGCAUAAUUUCGGACGUUUGAACGUUAUGUAGGUAAAAUUAAUAAGUGUAUGAGAUAAUAUUUUAUUUAAUUGAUCGUAUGUUUUAGAAUGACAAGUUUGCGAUUAUACCUCGAUGGUUCGGUAUUUCAAUCAAAUCAAACGCUGUUUCAAAAAUGAGGAGGAAUACUUGAUUGCUCUUGAAUAAUGUAGUUGUUGAACAUAUGGUAAAGUGACCAGAUGGUCAGAGGUCUACCGCGGGACACAAUAAACAAAACGUUAUUUAUAUACGUUAUGUGAACAUAAACCAUAGUUUAGAGAGUCUCAUUUAUUCGUGAAACUCUUAACAUGUGUCCUAGCCAUUAAACCAUCCACUGUAAUCACUCAGUUGUGAUUUUUAGGUGGUUUAGAUUUUGUUUACGCCUGAAAAUCUCUCACUCGGUCAGAGCAUUUAGGUCUGGCAAGCACGAUUGAAAUUCUACAAUUUUCUUCCAAUUAUCGAAUGGAACGCUCGAAAAUUCCAAUCCAUUUUUCAUCGAUUUUAGUGUUAACGUAUGCAUUAAAAAAAUGGACUAAUUUCGGAAGGCGAUGAAAAAAAAACUACAAAAAAAACUUUUGAGCGAAUGGUCAAAAUGGAGAGACAGCCUACCAGCCUAGCCAAAGCCACGAAAAGGUAAAAGAACACGCUGACAUACAUCUUUUCAUGGACCAUGGUUGAGGUUUCGGCCAACUUCCGUAAGGCCGCCAAGCGUUUCAUUCACGAUACUUCAUCAAACAACCUUGUCUCUUCCUGUUUCGUAUACACUAGUUAUUCCGGCUUAUUUAACACGAUGAGCCCUGACCGAGCUAGGGGACCAAAGAUGAACUUUUCGUCUGACUCACGUUGGUCCCUGCGGAUCAAUAGGGGACUUUUAUAAAAAACUUUUUCUAAUUUUGUUGCUGUCGUUUCCAUUUGACACUCUCUAAACAAAAAGUACACUGUCGGUGCGAUGAAACCAGCUCAACGUAUCUUUGGAUGCAUUGGAAGAUCUCUUGAACAGUCUGUCAAAUAAAAGUUUUUUUUGUGACCGUGGUGGCCAUUUAAUGAAAUCAAUAUGACAAAUUGUAAUAUUGAAAUAUAUUGAUAUCGCGGGACAUUUUCGUUUCUUUUGCCAAAUGCGGGACGUUUCGCGGGACAUAAUCUUACGCGGGACAUUUUGUUGAAAUGCGGGACGUCUGGUCAGUUUAACAUAUGGGAAUGUAAUUUUAUUUCCUCUUUCUAUGAAUUACUCUAGAGAUAAAGCAUGACUAUCAUGAGUUUAAUAAUCGAUAUCUCGGAUACUCUUGUAUUCAGCUCUGUCUUACUCGUUUGAAUAGUGAGAAGUAUUUAUUAGUAUUUAUAGGUCAAUGUUAAAAUUUUCUAAGAACUGUUUCCACAAUUUUGAUGAAUAAUAAUAUCUUCUAUAUCUCAGAAUAAACCCGAAUUUAUCAAUCUCAUGAUCAGUAUAAUCUGAGCUACUCCCAUAUGGGAUUCUGAAGUUUAAUCCUCUCAUCCUUCCCAUUUUCGUGUCAUUUGAUAUACGGGACAUGAGGUUUGAUAUAAUUAUUUAAACAGGAACUGGUUAGUAGCGUCGGUCAGAAGCAUAAUUUUCAUAUGAAACAUCUGAUGAGUUUCAAGGAAUUUGCCAAAAGCAGAAAAUGAUUCAGAUUUUCUUUAGACGGAUAUCAAAAUUAUGGAAAAAGAACUGGAGAAUAAUUUAAAAAUUAUUAAUUUAAUGGCUUUGCAAUGAUAGAUUUUCCUUAUUUGAAACUUAAAAAUUCUUUCAUUCAAAGUAUGUCUUCAAAACAUUAUCGUUGAAAGUAUCUAUUACGUAAAAACAGAAGAUCAAUGGCCUUAUUCGAUGUAACUAUCGUCCUGAUUCAGGUCUUGUCCACCAAUUGCGAAUAUUUGAAUUACAAAAACCAGCUCUGCAAUGAUGGAAAAACAUUACAGUUAUUAUUUUAUAUUCAAAAUAUCAACAAAUCAAUAUUAUACAUAAUCAAUCUGUUCUUUUUAGAGCCUUGCAAACGCUUGAAUUUUCUGGCCCUGAUUUCUUUAUUCUUAAUUAAAUUGAUUGGGUUGAUAACUGGAUAGCUGACUUCUUCUGCCUCUUCCUGGUCCUCAGUUAAACCUCUUUUGCGGCGUUUCCUUAGCGCAUCUUCGGCUCGUUCCGUAGCAUCACGAAUCACUUUCUCAUCAAGAUAAUCUUGUAAACGCUUUUUCUUCUUUGAUUCAUUUUGCUUUGGAGGUGGAGUUUCCAUAUCAGAACCACUGUCGUCGCUGGACAUAUUUAGUAAAUUUAAAUCACAGAUAUUUAUUAUUUCGAUAAUACUCCAGCUAUGCAGAACACUCAAACCACGUUCAAAUGUUCAAACAGGAUAUGUUAUUUCACUUGAUUUCGGGUGGCGGGAUAGUAAAAUAGCCAAAGAUAAACUGGUAAACGAUAUAUUCAAAUAAACGGUUGAACUCUUCUAAGCGCGCGCACGAACUAUACACUCCUAUGGGUAUGAUCUAACUGGCCUAUUGUUUCAGCUAAUCUAUUGGUUAAAAGAAUGGGCUGUCAUCAUAAUCGGGAUGAAACGCCAUAAAAGAUUCACUGAUUUUCUAAGUUGCUCCGCUGCAACAUUUUUCUUCUUAAUAGAACACAAUAGAAGAGGAUAGAAUAGAUGAGUCACGAGAGUUUCACGUUUGAUUAUCGAAUGACAAUGUGCACAAUUAUUUCCGGCAGCAUACAUAUCAAACACACUUCAAUUCAAAUCGUUUCAUUCGUUUAAUUUUAUCUAUUACGAUUCGAUUAAUUUUCUAGAUUUAAAAACACUUACCAUACAUUAGUUAUUGUUUUAUUCAACAACCAAAAUAUUCACAAUUUUUAUGGCAGAACAACGUUUGCCGGGUCAGCAAGUAGAUCUAUAUAAUCAUAAUCUAUAUGAAAAUUUAUUUUAGAGGCGAAUGAACUGCAAAGUUUAAAGCCUCUCAAAAACAAAAAAUGGAAAGAAAUUAAUUUCAGUGUAGGAGUACACAAACCAUGCACAGAAGUAUUGUGUUUUGUUAUAAGAAUAAACAUUCAUGAUGAACGCAGAGUGGUUUUGGCGUAUUAGCGCACCUAAUAAAAAUGUUCUCUUCGUUGGCAUCCAUCAAAAUCAUAUGUUUCCCAACCGCUUGGUUUGUUUACUGUUGUCAUCCAUGUAUUGCUCAAAUCUGAGCAACCUAAACGGAACGUCUCAGACCAGAACCAGAACUGAACAGCAAUGUCGUUUUGUCGAGCGUGUGGUCGAACAUUAUCAGAUCAAGAUGGAUACCAAAGUCUGGAGGAGUUCGUCACUAUAUAUUUGAACCUAACCGGCAUAGAGCUGGACGAUGAAGCGAAUCCUAACACACUGAAAGUUUGUCAAGAAUGCGUCCAAAAGCUAGUUGAAUAUGAUGGUUUUCGAAAAAUUUGUCUUCAGGUUCAUUGGGGUUUGCAAAAUGUGAAAAUUGAAUUAACGGAGGUGAAAGUCCAUCCGGAAACAGUUUUGUUGGAUUUGGAAUGCAAACCAUUGAGUUUUGAAGUAACUAAUGAGAAGGAUGAAUUCAGCGAGGAUGACGAAGGAAAAUCUUCUGUAGGGAGCGAUGCUAGCGAUGAUAUAGAAAAAGAAGGUUUGGAAUUGGCCGCUGAGGAAAGUGACAAUGAAUAUGUUCCAUCUAUUCGGGGGCACCCAGGCAUAGCUGAAGACACACAAAGUUCGGAUCCCCAAGAUAUCGAAUCGGAAAGUGAGCUGAAGAAAAAUACUGCCGUUCGUCAAAGGCAAAGGAAAAAACGCACGAAAUGGGGAAGUUUGAAAAAGCGUGAGUAUAGGGAACCAACAGAAGUAUAUAGUUGCGAUCGUUGCCCCAAGAAGUUCAGGGUUCUUUUGAGGUUGAAUGCUCACAAGCGCACACAUGAUGGGCUCAAACCGUUCGAUUGUAAACUCUGUGGUAAAGAAUUCGCCAAAUGGAACAAUCUGAAAACGCAUCAUAUCCAGAAACAUACGGAGAACAAAAUAUCAUUACCCUGUGACCAUCCAGGCUGUAACCAAGUGUUCGCUACUAGACAGGGACUCAAAAGACAUCGAUUGAGAACCCAUGAUCCCAAUUAUGUGACACCGGAACAAACGCUCUUUGUUUGUGACACAUGCGGUAAAACUUUCUCAACUAACGGAGCCCUCAAGAAGCAUAAGUAUACUCACGCACCGAAUGAGAUGCCAUUCGUUUGUACGAUUUGCUCAAAGAAAUUUUGUACCUCACACAAACUGAAGGAGCACAUCAUGCGACAUGAAGGCGUAAAGAACCAUACGUGUCCAUUUUGUGGUUUGCGGAAAACCACAAUGCACGAACUGAAGACCCACAUUAACAAUGUGCAUGCGAAAGUGCGCACAUAUCCGUGCGACAUUUGUGCAUCAGUUUUCAGCAAUAUCGGUAAUCUGAAUCGUCAUGUAAAAAUUGUUCACUUAGGUUUGAAACCGUAUGUUUGUUCCGUUUGUGAACGAGCCUUCGGCAAAAGUGAUCACCUGAAACGGCACAUGAAGAGCCACAACAUUCCGAGUACCACUCUAUCAUCAACUGUGGUAAAUUCAGAGCAAAUUGCUAGUAUCUCGAUUUGAGUUAAGGUGUCGAGGAUUUAAGGCGUCGAGGUGUCGAGGCUGUUUUGAGUUUUGAAAUACAUUAUCAUGCUCACAAUAAUUUUUUUUUAUUU